CAUCUCGGGGAUCCUCAAGUUACAUGUCUUGCCAAUAAACGAACCGACUGUUUAUACAAGACUAAAACAUAUGCCAGUGAAAAGAGAAAGUUUUUUAACUCUUUCUGGGCCGGAACUUUGACUGGCAGCGAAAACUAAUCCUUCCAGUUAGCUGUUUUCUCAAUCAAUUUCUUCAAGACACCACAGAGGCUGUCGUCUGCUCGCGAAAUGCGCGUGCAGGUCUCGAGCCAGAUUCACUGAUUCAUCACCCAUCGUGAAAUUCAAUCCCUUUGAGCGUUCUGCCACCGACCAAUGGCGAAAUUUGAGGAGCAUAGACCGUUGUCUAAUGGGCACCCAUGCCUCCUCUGUCAGCCCCAAGCGGCUGAUGAUAAACCAAAACAACAAGCUUUGGAACCGUGCACUUGACACUUGUUGCACCAGGCAGAGAACAGUUGCUUUCGGCUGGUGCGAGCGGCGAGUGAGGAAAGAACGUGCGCUGGGUCUUGGAAGAUUGCUGGGGACUGUUUGUAGAGGGACACCAGCCGUCGUUUGCUCUGUGGCAGUGGGGACCGUUUGUAGAGGGACAUUAGCCGUCGUUUGCUCUGUAGCAGUGGGGACUGUUUGUAGAGGGACACCAGCGGUCGUUUGUUCUGUGGCAGUGGGGACUGUUUGUAGAGGGAUUCCAGCCGUCGUUUGCUCCGUGAGACUUGGGGACCGUUUGUACAGGGGCACCAGCCGUUGUUUGCUCCGUGGCAGUGGUGUGGCAGAGGGGUAGCAAAAUGCCGAGGAUAUUUAUGAUUACGAAUCGUCGAUAUUUCACAGACUAUCAUCAGAUUGAAGAAUCGUCAACUCUUCAGCAUUUCGAAGAGAGAACACCGAUAAACCUGUCAGAUAAAAGCAGCACCCCAGAUGACGUGGAUAGCGACAGCGGGUGCUCCACCCAGACCGAGACACGGGCCGACCUUCACUCCGAGCUGGAGUACGCCUGGGACUGCCGCGCAUUUAACGGAAUUUCCCUUCUCUACGAACUGAUGACACAGAGCCCGAGGAAAGACGCGUGCCGGGACACCCCGGAACAAACAACGGAAUAUACAAUCGAACAGGGCAACAACGGCUACCAUGAUGUCACCAAGUUCGAAGCCAGACGAUCGCUGCACGAGCUGCUGCUGAGUCCGCCAUCGAGCCCCGAAGGGAUCGACUCGUACGUGUGUGUGGAGUGCGGCAAACGAUACAGUACCUCCAGCAAUCUGGCUCGUCAUCGGCAAACUCAUCGCAGCGUCAACGACAAGAAGGCCAGGAAGUGUCCCCACUGCGAAAAGAUCUACGUGUCUAUGCCCGCGUACAGCAUGCACGUGCGCACGCACAACCAAGGCUGCGAGUGUGCGUACUGUGGAAAGAGAUUCAGCCGGCCGUGGCUGCUACAAGGUCAUGUUAGAACACAUACUGGGGAGAAGCCCUUUUCGUGUCCGAAAUGCGGCAAGGCUUUCGCGGACAAGUCCAACCUGCGUGCCCAUAUCCAGACGCACUCGACCGAGAAACCUUACAACUGUGGUCGGUGUGGCAAAGCAUUCGCCCUGAAGAGCUACCUCUACAAACACGAAGAAUCGUCGUGUAUGCGCGGACAGCGCUACCGACACUAGGCAACCGAUGGGGCACGAACACUGGUCACCCAGCGCUACGGACACUAGGUGACCAGUGGGCACAAAACACUGGUCACCCAGCGCUACGGACACUAGGUGACCAGUGGGCACAAACACUCGUCAUCCAGCGCUACGGACACUAAGUGACCAGUGGGCACAAACACUCAUCAGGGCACAUGCUUUUCAAAUAUGCUACAAUCUGGAACCGAGGCUCAAACUGAAAUAGUCUACACUAACACUGAUGGUUAUGGUAAAUCGUUUAAUGCACCAGCCACAGAACGUCGUGAAGUACGCCCGACCUGGGUACAUUAUUUUGGCUUCUUCAGCUCAGGUCUCCUCUUGUCGGGAUGUUCACCGAUUCAGCACCAGUUCUGAUUUGCACUUGAGCCUCAGUUGCACAUUUUGAAGUUUUAUCAGCACGUGUCGUGUAACAAGGCUUUUAUGAGGACCAAACGACCAACAAAAUUGUGUCGUCAUUUUUAA